AUGUCGAUUGACAGCAGAAGUACGACUGGCAUGACGGACGUGGUGCUAAAGGAAGUACGACGCCAAGUGUGCGACGCGCAGGAGCAAUGGCGACGUGCGUUUGUGGACGGAUUGGAGGAUAAGGAGCUGCCAUUUGUUACGUUGUCGUAUGCGCAGAGUAUCGAUGGGUCGCUGGCAGUGGAGAGAGGUAAAUCAACAUUACUGAGUGGACGUGCAUCACUGAAGAUGACGCACAUGCUACGGACGCUCCAUGAUGGCAUAUUGGUCGGUGUGGGGACUGUGAUUGCAGAUAACCCGUCGUUGAACGCCCGGUUGAUGGAAGGCCGCAAUCCGCGACCGGUCAUUAUUGACACGCACCUGCGCUGCCCUACGACGAUUAAGCUCUUCACACUGCCGACGUGUGAGAAGCCGAUCAUCAUUUAUGGCCGCGGGUCGCUGGAUCCAGAGAUAUUGAACCGGAAGCGAGCGCUAGUGAUGCUUGGGGCUACAGUUGUUGAAAGCGAGACUGCACUUGGAGAUGACGGCCGCAACUACGUCGAUCUUCGUGAUGCUUUUCGCAUCGCAAAGCAGAACGGUAUUGGCAGCAUUAUGGUCGAAGGCGGCUCAGCAAUUCUGACUUCGUGUCUGCAAGGAGCUGCUCAGCGACAGCUCAUUGGCGUCGUGAUUGUAACGAUAGCGCCUACCUUUAUUGGAGGUUUACGAGCCGUCAACACCUUGCUCACACCUGCGUUACCGGCUUCACCUGCAGCAGGACCAUCCUUUCCUCGGCUGGAUCAACCUCGCUACCACAUUUUGGAUGAAGACGUGGUCAUCUUCGGCCAUCUCGCCCACUGA